GAGCAUAGUUCAAUUACACCUCAAUCAACACAUCUCACAGCCUAGCAUUUGAAUAUGGGCCGUUUCACAGACAUGGACGAUGACGAGCAUCGCUUGCCCGAGGGCAUGCAGCGCAUAGGCUACGAUGCCGACACACAGCGCUACACCUUCCGCGACGCCAACGGCAACCUCUUCGAGUCCGAACCGGGUUCCCGCUACGGGGAACUCAGACCAGCCGGUUUCGAGACGCCCCAAUCGACAAGCUACACGCCACCCGAAGAUAUUGAAGAGCGCAACCACGCCGUGGACCGGAACCACCGCGAGGCCAUGCGCACAAUGCUCCCGUUCGCACUCCUCAUCUUUGUAUUCCUGCUGUUGGUGUUCAGAGGCGUCAACGGCAGCUUUGGCAUGCGGGCUGACCACGGAACCUCGCAGGUUCUGGACUGUCAUGAAGGCGGUCGUCAUAUUCGAGUCGAGGAGGGCGAGACAUGUUGGGCGAUUGCGCAGAGUCAUAGUCUGGGUGUAGAGGAGCUGCUGGGGCUGGAAGGAAACGAGGACGUCGACUGUAACCGGCUGAGAGUCGGGCAGGCCAUGUGCGUGCCGGUGUGAAGCUGGCACCGUGUAAGGUGGCCUCUGGACUCGUCGUUAUACUACAUAUUAUCAACUACGAUGGAAAGUGCACAGGC